UUUCAGAAACCACCAAUCACAAUUAAAGGACUACUGAAAUCUUCUCCUCCUCCCAACCUCCUCCUCUCUGCUCCAUCACACAACUGCAGCUGCAUCACCAAAAAACGACGAUGUCCUCCACUUCAUAACAUGUUUCUUCAUUCGCCUGCUCUUCUCAUCUGGCUCUUUCUGUUCUGCUUGGCUGGUCCACAAGCGGUACGCACCGAGCCGUACAAUUCGACUUCUUCUUCAUCUUCUCCCACUGCUAAUGACGUCACAUCAUCAGAUUUGUUGCUCUUAGCUUCCGAAGAAACGCCGACGCGGGCGCCUAAACCGGUCACCAAACAGGGAAAAAAGAAUGUGGUGAAAGUGAAAAAAGGUGGAAAUGGGACAGUCGAUGAUUCGCCAUGGGUUACGGAUUGCUCCGAGCCACUGAACAAGGACAUUUCAUGCUCUGUUAAUAUUAUCGGUUGCUCGGACAACGUGUUCAAAUACGUAGACGCCGGUCAGGAGCCGCCUCGAGCCCAUGACGUCAGAAUCGCGCCGACGACAAAAGUGAUGGGCGCAAACCGAAUUGACAAGAGGAAACAUCGGUUGCAUGUCGACGUGUCAUGGCAGAUACCUCAAUUAGAAGCAUCGACACAUUUGAAGGCAUUCAAAUUGAUUGUCAAUGGUCCUGAUGGAAAGAAUACUUGUUUCGUGUUUAAUGUCACGCAAACGCAUGUUGAUGAUGAGGGUAUUUCGCCUCGUUACCGUUUCUCUUCAAACACGUUGUUCGACUUUGGUCACAACUACACAGUAACCAUUGUGAGUCUCCCAAUGUCUCGGAAACGUGCUCCGAAGGUGUCAGCCACGAGCUUAAUGCCUGAUGAUCCGGAUGCGGCGCCGGUGAAAAUUGUCAAGACCAACGAACAAAUGUGUGAGGGGAAAUCGAAUCCACAAGCUUCAAAAUGGGCAGCCAGCUUCCGGAAAAUCUUCCUUUUCAGUGCGAUUAGGCUGAUUCAAAUCGAGUUUUUGGCGGCGCCACCGCAAUAUUGUUUUGAGGAAUAUGAGGUGCGCCUUCUCGAUAGCUCUGGAAUUGUGAUGCUCCAGUCAGCCAUAAUCACAAAAGACGAGCUCAGAACUGAAAUAAUCAAUGGUCGACCGGUCCAAUUUGGAGAAUUCAACUUCACCGACAUUGAGCUCGACACGGAUUUAAUUCCAUCAGUGAUACCAAUUGAAAGUGCUCACGACGGAAGAUGCCUAUGUGUCACUGAGAAUGGUUGCAGCUGUUUGGCAGCUGAUUGGAAACCAGUCAAAUUAACAAGAAUUGAAAAGCCUCCAGCUACUUCUAAUCAAACAGAGGAAAGUGAUGGAAAAGCAGAGAAGGAUAAGAAGGAAGAUACUACAUGGACUUGGCACACCUACGCAAUCACCGGCGGCGCCAUCAUUGCAAUUCUGUUCAUUCUCUCAGUUUGUGCUGGCUUAAAAUGCUACAAAAAGUUUAACAACAAGAAAAAAGCAUCGAAUAUUCACUUACUCAAUGAGAAUCCCGCAUUUUCACAUUCCGGAUCAAUUCCUUUGAUUUUGAAGCAAUCCAUAUCAGUUCUGAUCGUAUAUAGUCAUGACUCUGCUCAACAUGAAGCUGCAGUUUUGGCGUUUGCAGAGCUUUUGAGAGAUGUUUUCAACUUGAAUGUUCACUUAGACGUCUGGGAUGAGGAUGAUAUCGAGGAAAAUCGUGCGGAAUACAUCAAUUCAAGUAUAGUCCGGGCGAAUAAAGUGAUUAUAAUCAAUUCAAUUGGUGCCUACUUCCGAACUGUCUUCCGUCAUCAAAGAGAACCUGCAAUCGAAAGAAUUACAACCGGAAGGAACGACGUGAUUUUCGAUAUGCAGUGUGAAUUGGCGUUACAACACCCUUGCGUGAUAUCCUGCCACUUCAGCUACACCAAUCCGAAAUACGUGUUCUUCCCAAUCAAUCGUCUCCUACAGUACUCUAUACCAAAUAGUUUAAUGACAAUGACAACUGCAUUGACUGAACAACCUGCAAGACCCGAGCAACUUGCUGGUUUUAAUCAAGUAUUUGCACGGUUACAAGCAGCAAUUUCAAGGAAAUUGAAUUACAUUGAAAGUGAUCCACAAUGGUUUGAGAAUACUCAUCAUAGAGUUGCCACGCGUAGAGUUAGUGAGUUGGAAGCUCAUAAUAUUGUGCCAUUGCCACCAAGUUUGGAAGUAAAAGUUGAAGAUGAGGAUGCCUUCGGUCAAAUGGAAACUUUGCCGAUUGACGAACUCAAGGAGAAGUUUGCUGCAAAGAGAGAUCUUGAAGUGGAAGUUCUGGACUCUGAAGACGUUAAGCUUCUGGAAGACGUUAAAUGUGCUCCGGGACCAAUUCAUGUGGAGCCAACGGAACCUGAAGUUUUGGAACCUGCUGAAGAACCCAUGGAAGAAGCUGAAGAAGAUGAGGAAGAUGAAGAUGACGUGGAUUCAGUUGAAGGACAGACUGCUCGAAUCGAGGAGUUACAGAGAUUGAUAGUUCACAAGGAUAUGAAUCAUGACUCGGGAAAUUUGGAUUCAGCAUAUGUCAGUGGAUCCGACUUUUCGGCGGAUAUACAUAAUGAAAUUCUGGACAAACCUCGGCUAAAUGCAGAAAUGGAUCUACGGAAAGCGAAUCGAGAAGACUCUGCGUUCCAUGAUGAAGUCAUUGGUAUACACUGAUCUGUAUUAUUUUCUAUAUUUCUCUAAUUCCCUCUACAAAUGUGUUUUUCCCUUCUCCCAAGAUCUCCCCCUUUGAAUUGAGCCGGGUUGAUGAUGCUUCUCAAUGGAAUCUGUAUUCAAAAAAAUAUGAUUGACGAGAAUCCAAAAUUUAAUGUUUAAUUUAUAGUGUUCACGGGUUCAAACUUCUUUUUUUUCUUUUCGUGACUUUUUCGUUUGUAGAUUAAUGUCCCUUAAUUUUUUUUUGGGACAUUUUUGCUCCCCGGUGCAGUGUAAUUUGAAACAUAUUCAAUGUAAUUUUAAAUAAAUGUUAUAUAUUUUUAAAU